AUGGGUCGUAUCAGGAAAGUUCUUCGUAGAGUUACGUACUUAAUUCAUGGACUGCAAUAAACCUGAAUAACUAGCUCGCGAUUCAAUUUUAAAAUGACUCGUGUUGUGUUCGCAUGUUCGCAUCAAUGUUUUACAUUUUGCUUGGUGUUUACAGUUUUAUUUCAUUAUUCAAAUCAGAUUAUUUUUUUAAGAACCAUAGAAGCAGUUGGAUUUCCAUACUAUAAGUUGUUAAUGAGUCUAGGCGAUUGUAAAGAAAAUAUAUUGUAUUUUGAAAGAAAAGUGUGGUCGCCACUUCGUUUGAAUAGGGUUUUCGAUAUAUACUACAAGAGCGAUGAUUCUGAUAUCACAGUGUCGCGAGUCGAACUACGGGUUAUAUCCAAUGAUACAUGUAUACAAGCUUUUUCGAAGAACGGCGUCGGUUCUCCAGAAUUUUCUGCAACAUUAUUUUUACCGACAAAUCUGGCAACGACUUUUACAACAUUAACUAUAUUUACUUGUAGCAAGAAAACAAUUGAAAAUAGUACAAAAAUUAAAGAAUUCAAUUUGUUACCAUUUUAUAUGAAACCUGUGACAACUGAUGAUGAAUCAGAUUCAGAGGAAAAAUCAGAUCCACAGAUUAAAAAGAAAUAAAAGUUCUUAGAUGUUU